AUGGCAGGUCAAGGUGGAGUAAGCUACGGUUAUUGGGAUGGUAUUGUACCUAUUGAAUCCCAACCAAAUCCAGAUAAUAUUCUUCGAUUUAGAGUGAAUACAAAGUGGGAAAUAGCACAUGAACCCCUUAAUUAUGGAGUUGAUUGUCUUUCUAAUUGUGGAGUUGGUCCUGGUAUGGCUUUUGCUAAUGCAAUUCUAAAAAAAGUUCCAAAUUUUGGAGCUAUUGGUUUAGUGCCAUGUUCUAGGGUUAAGAUUUCUCUUAGAGAUGGAGGAACACUUAGAGCACUUCUGUGGUAUCAUGGUGAGAGUGAUUCAAAGGACAAAUACACUGCUAAAUAUUACAAAUCCAAAUUUGAGAAGUUUGUUCAAGACCUACGUACUGAAUUGAAUUCUCCUCUACUUCCUGUUGUUGUGGUACUGCUUGCUGUUAUUGCUUCUUUCUCAUUUUUUUUGUACCGAGGGUCUAUCGGCAAUAACCUUUCUACCCUCACAAAGAUAGGGGUUGUUCUACACCAUCCUAAACAACCGUUUGUAGGAGAAUUUGUAGAUGUAGUGAGAGAAGCACAAUUUGAUAUUGAUCUCCCAAAUGUAAUAAAGGUUGACGCUAAGGGUCUACCACUGAAUUCGGAUGGCAUUCAUAUCACAACCCAAGGCCAAGUCAAACUUGGUAAUAUGAUGGCUGAGGCAUUUCUCAGAGCCAAAUUUGCAUCUGCUAAAAAUAAUUCUAACAAAGAUUUAUCAUAUGAUGUACUAGUCUAUCGACUUACUUCUUCCUUCAACCCUUAA